UUCAUUUAUUACUUCUUUAUUGAGUUCACUUAGUUGCUGCGCGUCCGCUUUGGGUCUUGAUUUUGCCUGGCCUUAGGGUACCCAGGCGACAGAGAACUGUAUCUGAUCUUGGAGACGUUCGCAUAGUGGAGGAGACAGAAUUGUAAUCUGAAGGUUACAGCAAGAGUGUUUGCUCCAGGUAGUGAAUGGUAUGAGCAAAGAUACAGAGGUGAGAAACAUGUGGUUCUAGAACUCUGAGCUAGGGUCUUGGUGCAGCUCUUGCCUGAGUGGAACCCAUUCUGGAGGCAGGCUAGAGUCUAGUGCUUCUCACAGGUACUGUGUACAUAACUUAGGGGUCUUGUUGAAAUUCAGAUUCUGAUUCAGUUGGCCUAACAAACUCAUAGAUCUUAUCGAUGCUGCGGUUUCCUGGACCAUAAAAGCCAAGGCACAACAAAUAGAGUUGGUCUCGUCUCCCUCGUGUACUGUCUGAUCUUGGACAAAAGACUAAUCUCACUGAACUUCGUUUUCCUUUUUUGUAAAUAGCAGAUAAAAAUGGUGUCUACCUCAUAAAGUGGUUGCGAAGAUUAAACGAGGAUGCAUAUAAAUUGCUUGAUGUGAUGCCAGGACAGAAUAAAUGUUUAAUAAAUAAUGUUUCAGAGAAGUUAAGCACCUGGCUGAAAGAUGCAAAGCAGCGUGACCGCCAUGGACAAGAUCCUGGAGGCCGUGGUGACGUCGUCAUACCCGACAAGCGUGAAGCAAGGGCUGGUGCGGCGGGUGCUGGAGGCGGCCCGGCAGCCCCUGGAACGAGAGCAGUGCCUGGCGCUGCUAGCGCUGGGCGCGCGCCUCUACGUGGGUGGUGCCGAUGAGUUGCCGCGGCGCGUGGGAUGCCAGUUGCUGCACGUGGCAGGCCGCCACCACCCAGACGUCUUCGUGGAGUUCUUCAGCGCGCGCCGCGUGCUGCGCCUGCUGCAGGGUGGCGUGGGUCCUCCGGGCCCCCGCGCGCUCGCCUGCGUGCAAUUAGGACUGCAGCUGUUGCCCGAGGGUCCUGCGGCCGAGGAGGUGUUCGCACUGCUGCGGCGCGAGGUGCUGCGCACAGUGUGCGAGCGCCCGGGGCCCGCGGCAUGCGCACAGGUGGCCCGGCUGCUAGCGCGGCACCCGCGCUGCGUGCCAGAUGGCCCGCACCGCCUGCUUUUCUGCCAGCGGCUGGUGCGUUGUCUCGGCCGCUUCCGCUGCCCGGCCGAGGGGGGGGAGGGCGCGGUGGAAUUUCUGGAGCAGGCCCAGCAGGUGAGCGGGCUCCUGGCACAGCUGUGGCGCGCACAGCCCGCCGCCAUCCUGCCCUGCCUCAAGGAGUUGUUCGCAGUCAUCUCCUGCACAGAGGAGGAGCCACCGUCUAGCGCACUGGCCAGCGUGGUCCAGCACCUCCCAUUGGAGCUCAUGGAUGGUGUCGUCCGGAACCUCAGCAAUGAUGACAGUGUGACGGACUCCCAAAUGCUGACUGCUAUCAGCAGGAUGAUCGACUGGGUGUCCUGGCCCUUGGGGAAGAACAUUGACAAAUGGAUCAUUGCACUGCUGAAGGGCCUGGCCGCUGUUAAGAAGUUCAGCAUCUUGAUUGAGGUUUCACUCGCCAAAAUUGAGAAGGUUUUUUCCAAGCUUCUGUACCCCAUUGUCCGAGGAUCUGCCUUGUCUGUCCUCAAGUACAUGCUCCUGACCUUCCAGCACUCCCAUGAGGCCUUCCACCUGCUCCUCCCUCACAUUCCCCCCAUGGUGGCCUCUCUGCUCAAGGAGGACUCAAACUCGGGGGCCAGUUGCCUGGAGCAGCUGGCAGAGCUGGUCCACUGCAUGGUGUUCCGGUUCCCAGGCUUCCCAGACCUGUAUGAGCCCAUCAUGGAAGCCAUUAAGGAUCUCCAUGUUCCCAAUGAGGACCGCAUCAAGCAACUGCUGGGGCAGGAUGCCUGGACCUCACAGAAGAGUGAGCUGGCUGGCUUCUACCCCCGGCUCAUGGCCAAGUCAGACACGGGCAAGAUUGGUUUAAUCAAUCUGGGCAACACGUGCUAUGUGAACAGCAUCCUUCAGGCCUUGUUCAUGGCUUCUGACUUCAGGCACUGUGUGCUCCGUUUGACUGAGAACAACUCACAGCCCUUGAUGACCAAACUGCAGUGGCUCUUUGCCUUCCUGGAGCAUAGCCAGCGGCCUGCCAUUUCUCCAGAGAACUUUCUCUCUGCAUCCUGGACACCCUGGUUCAGCCCCGGCACCCAGCAGGACUGCUCGGAGUACCUGAAGUACCUGCUGGAUCGGCUGCAUGAAGAGGAGAAAACGGGGACAAGGAUCUGCCAAAAGCUCAAGCAGUCCAGCUCGCCGUCCCCACCUGAGGAGCCCCCUGGCCCAAGUUCAACCUCUGUGGAGAAGAUGUUCGGAGGCAAGAUUGUGACUCGGAUAUGCUGUCUGCGCUGCCUCAACGUCUCUUCCAGGGAGGAGGCCUUCACGGACCUCUCUCUGGCCUUUCCGCCACCCGAGCGCUAUCGCCGCCGCCGCCUAGGCUCAGUGAUGCUCCCGGUGGAGGGCAUCGGAGCCCGGGACCCCCCAACACCGUCCCAAGCCCACGUCCCAAAUAGGAGGCAGAGAAAACACUGUAUCACAGGGGAUGCCCCCCCCACUGUCCUGGACAUUGAAGGCCUGAGUCCCCAGGGACCUGGGAGGCAAAGCAGUCAGGAGGAGAAGGUGGAGAAAGAUGAAGAAGUGAAGGAGGAGAGAGCAGAGGAGGAGGAAGUGCGAAAGGAGGAGAAAGAGAAGGAAGUGGAGGAAGGAGAGAAGGCCGAGAAGGAGAAGGAGGUUGAGAAGGAGGCCAAGGAGGAGGAAGAGGCCAACAACAAGGAGAAGGAGGAGGAUAGCCUGGGUCCAGGGACCCACAGGGCCACCGCCCCCUCUGGGGAGGGCUCCCGCUCCGUCCUGGACCUGGUCAACUACUUCCUGUCCCCUGAGAGGCUGAUGGCAGAGAACUGCUACUACUGUGAAUCAUGUGCCUCACUGCAGGAGGCGGAGAAGGUGGUGGAGCUGAGCCACGGCCCGCGCUACCUCAUCCUGACCCUGCUGCGCUUCUCCUUCGAUCUGCGUACCAUGCGGCGCCGCAAGAUCCUGGACGACGUCGCCAUCCCCCUGCUGCUCCGCCUGCCGCUAGCCGGAGGCCUAGGUCAGGCCUACGACCUCUGCAGUGUCGUGGUGCACUCCGGAGUGUCCUCAGAAAGCGGUCACUACUACUGCUAUGCUCGCGAGGGCGCCGCCCGCCCCGCCCCUUCCCUGGUUGCUGCCGACAGGCCCGAGCCCGAGCACCAGUGGUACCUGUUCAACGAUACUCGGGUAUCCUUCUCCUCCUUUGAGUCUGUCAGCAAUGUCACCUCCUUCUUCCCCAAGGACACGGCCUAUGUGCUCUUCUACCGGCAGCGGCCCGGGGAGGGACCCGAGGCUGAGCUGGGCUCCCCCAGAGUCCAGACAGAGCCCACCCUCCACAAAGACUUGAUGGAAGCCAUUUCCAAAGACAACAUCCUUUUCCUGCAGGAGCAGGAGAAGGAGGCACGGAGCAGGGCGGCCUACAUCUCUGCACUCCCAGCAUCUCCACAUUGGGGGAAGGGCUUUGACGAAGACAAAGAUGAAGACGAAGGCUCUCCUGGGGGCUGCAACCCUGCAGGUGGCAGUGGCGGAGACUUCCACAGACUGGUCUUCUAAUGUGAGCCCUUCCCUGCUCCUACCUUUGGUGGUGCCACAGCAAACCUCAGGAGGGCCUCGACUCCUUUCUUCUGGGAGCUGGGUAGGGGCCGGUCCAGUCCUGAAGGCAGGCCCUUCCAAGGGCAAGAAAGGCGGGGAGGGGGCUUCUGGGACACUGGUCCUCAGCCUGAAGGGUACCCGGAGAGUCAGAGGUGAGACCCAAGCCUCUUAGACUGGGCCGCAGGCCCUGACACUGGGAUCAGCCCCAAUAGGAUUCUACACCCAAGUGUCCUGGGCAACUUGAAGCAGUUUAGAUGCACACUCAAGUCUUGUCCCCCGACCCCCGAGUACCAACAGGGCUGAACUUCACAGCGCUGGCGUUUUUCCAUCAAGUAGCAUUUCCCUUCCAGCUUCUUUUAGACAAUCCUAUUGCUGUAUAGUAUAAAAAGCAGAGCAGGCUCCAAGUCCUAGCACAAAGAAGAGGGGGCUCAGCUCUGGCUACUUUCUUGUUUCUCUGAGGGGGUUUGGGGGGUAAUGUGGGGGUGCCUGCACUGUUUGUACUGUUUUUGAGAGAAGCAGCCUGGCACAGGAUCAGAGACUGCCUGUCCCCACACCAAGCAACAUGCAUAGAGGUGAGGACAGCCCCUCUCGCAGUGGGAGACCCUUAACCCCAUCUCCCCUAGCCUGCCUCAGUGCCUGGGAUGCCGCUGUUUGCAUCCCCCUUCUGGUUAAGCUGGAAAAAUCCUUAUUUUACUGAAGAUAUGUGUGUUUCUCAUGAAGCUGUUGUCCGUCCUGGGGAAAGCUGGCUGGCUCAGCUCCUCAGUGGGCAUUAGAGCAGUGGCCUGGGAGCUGGCGGAGAUGGUCCAGUGAAGGAGUAGACACUGACCUCAGGCCCUGACACUGCUGUACCCCUUUAAAUGGAGAGAAGAGACCUGGGGUCUCAAACGGGAAUAAAAAUAGAUUUGCUGAAACCGUUAAA